GCUCCUGAUGCAUGCGAAAAACCAUACCAAAACAAAAUCGAUAACAAAAUAGUUUGUUCAAAAAACUUCGGUUUUGCAUUCUGUGUGUGAGUUCUUCAAGUAAAACGGACAAAAUGCCGAAAUAGUUAAAAUGCUCAUCCUAAAGCUAUCAAUCUGGUGCACCUACGCCUUCUACUUGCUCGGCACGGUUCUGGUGUGGUUCAUACUGAACGGAUCUUAUCAUUUCUACGAGUGGCUCCAUUCGGGGCGCUUCCCGUCCAAGGCGGCCUAUGAAUACAUCAUCGUGGGAUCCGGUACGGCUGGAUCCGUUAUCGCUUCCGGCAUCCCAUCGGACGAUGUGCUGAUUUUGGAAGCUGGAUCAAUGCGAAGCGGGUUGAUGGACGUUCCGCUGUUGCAGCCGUUGAUGCAAGGAACAAGCUACGACUGGCAAUACCGGACGGAACCCCAGGAGGGAGCUUGCGAGGGCAUGAACGAGCGGCGAAGCAGCUGGCCAAUGGGGAAGGUUUUCGGCGGUACGUACAUGUUCAACAAUAUGGUGCACUACCGAGCGGAGAGGAAGGAUUUUGGGGAGUGGUUCUCGGAGGACUCGAUACUAGAUGCAUUCAUGGAAGGCUUUGAAGACGUGGAGGGUGUGAACGAGUUGAGCUUUAUGACCGAUUUGAGCGGGGCGUUUAUAAAGGCAGCUGAAGAAGCGGGUUUGGAGAAGAAUUUGUUCUUCAGGCCGAAUGUGAGCGUGAGUAACGGAAAGCGUUGGACAUCGAGCCAUACCUAUUUGAGGCAACCGAGAGUGGGACACGAAACAGUUUUCAAUGCGCUGGUCAUCAAGAUUAUCUUUGAAGAUAAGCGAGCUACAGGAAUUCUCCUAAAUAAAGCAGGACGACACGUUCAAGUGAUAGCCACAAAAGGAAUCAUUUUGUCUGCUGGGACAGUCGGAAGCGCAAAGAUUUUGCUACAAAGCGGAGUAGGACCAAAACAACAUCUGGAUGAAAUUGGUAUCAAACAAGUUGUAGACUUACAAGUUGGCGAAAAUUUGCAGGAUCAUAUAACCACAGGAAUGGAUUUGGUGCUACUCUCGAAGCGACUUCCACUCCAAGUGUGGAAUCUUCUCAAUCCUAUUAACAUAGGAAGAUACCUAUUUGCUAGCGGGCGCAAUUCGUCCAUAGCCUUCGGAGGCUGCGAGUGUCUGGGAUUCGUUAAUUUAGGAUCCAACUUCACUCACACCCUCGGAUUUAUGGUGCUUCCGGUGGGGAUAACCUUCGAUGCGGGAUAUCAUUUGCACACACUGAUGAAUCUCCGUGACGAUGUGUGGAAUAGUUAUUUCCAACCUUUGGUGGACAAAGGGGAACAAUCGGUUACCAUAUUGCCGAUUCUGCUGCAUCCUGAAAGCAAAGGAUUCAUCAAAUUGCGUGAUUCAAACCCACAUUCCAGUCCAGUGAUUCAACCAAACUAUUUAACGGAACAGAAGGACAUUCAAACGCUCAUAACGGGUCUUAAAAUACUACAGCAAAUGGUUGACCAAUCGGCGAUGAGGACACUCGGCGCAGAGUUAAACCCAAAGCCCUUUCCAGGUUGCGAGCAGCAUCCAUUCGGAAGCGAUUCCUACUGGGAGUGCUACAUCAGGGCACUCACGCUGACCAUCUAUCAUCCUGUAGGGACGUGUCGGAUGGGAUCCCCAGGCGAUCCGGACGCUGUUGUGUCGAACAAGGACUUUAAAGUCCACCAUCUGGACAAUCUCUACGUCGUGGAUGGGUCCAUAAUGCCAAAUUUGCCCAGUGGCAACCCGAAUUCGGUUGUCAUUGCUCUAGCUAAGCACUUUCUUAGGGUAAGGUUUUCAGUACAAUAAACGUUAGUCAAUUGGUGGUA